AACUGAACCAAGGGAAAGAACGGAUAAGCCAGUGUGAGCGAAAAAGAAUCAAAUUGAAGAAGACAAGCUCUCGUCUCGUCCCGUCCCGUCUCGUCUCCACCACAGAAACAGACAGUCAUCAUCAUCACCAAUCUCCCCAUUUCCACAACCUCACUUCCCGAACAACUUUCUCUGCAUUUUCUCCGCAUUUACCCAGCCGCUCGGCCGGCCAUGGCUUCCCUACAAACCUCACCUUCUCUCUAUCGCACAUUGUCUUUCUUCCCUCGCCAGGCUGGAGGAUUGCAGAAGCAGCAGCAAGGAAGAGGCGUUUCGUUUCCUGUUCGAGCCGACCAAUCUUCACUUAGCUCCCCUGCUUCCCAGUCUCAAGCUCCAAGUGAGUUUCAUUUCAUUUCGUAGCCUGCUUAGUCGGUAUUUAUUUGCCCAAUGCGACAGAACUUGAGCAUGGGGUUUCUGGCAUUUUCCAAUUGGACAUUUCUAAAAAGAGACAACGAACUGACCAUUUUGGAGGGACGAGUUUAGUUGAAAUUUGGGUUCCAAAUAUCUGCGCUAUGUUGUUUAUUGCAGCAACAUCAUCUUCAUCAUCAGGUAGACGCCAAUUGGUUGCUGUUGGGGUGAUUGCCCCUCUGGUUUCUCUGGUUGAUCAGACUUCUUCUCCUUCAUUUGCUGCAGAAAAUAAAAAGGGGUUUCUGCCAGUCACGGACAAUAAGGAUGGGUACUCAUUCCUCUACCCAUUCGGUUGGCAAGAAGUGACGAUAGAAGGUCAAGAUAAAGUGUUCAAAGAUGUCAUUGAGCCACUUGAGAGUGUGAGUGUAACCGUGUUCCCAACUAACAAGCAAGAUAUUCGAGAUUUCGGGCCUCCGGAUCAGGUUGCAGGAACACUGAUCAAGAAGGUUUUAGCCCCUCCUUCCCAGAAGACUAAACUCAUUGAAGCCAAGGAGCAAGAUGUUGAUGGAAAAGCUUAUUACACAUUCGAGUUCGUAGCUCAAGCGCCCAACUUCACCCGCCACGCUCUUAGUACAAUUGUCAUUGGCAACGGAAAGCUAUAUACGUUGACAACAGGAGCUAACGAGAGGAGAUGGGGGAAGAUGAAGGAUAAGUUGCAGACAAUCGUAGAAUCAUUCAAACUUGCCAAUGUCUGAAGCGACAUUCUCAACAAGGACCAACGGAUUCUCUUCAAUAUUAAUAUUAGUGUGUGCAAUUUGCAGAGUUGUAUAAGGCUAAUAAUCACCAAAAUUCAUUUCCCUGUUUUCAGAUAAAUACAUCUCUUUUUUACUUUUCUUGCUCUGUUGACAGCCACAGUACCAAAUUGGAAAAACUCAAUAUCAAAGCGCAUGGACUUGAUAAACAAUUUUCAGCAGAGAGUUUCUAUGUGUAUCAACAGGAAGUCGGAACUCUAAUGAGAGCAUAACGGAUACUAAUAUUGAAAAGCAUAAUGGAUACUGAUAUGGAACUUCAAAAUGAAAAUGUCGUAAACUGAAAACUUGAAUACUCCAAACAUCUAUGGAAAGACAGGUACAGACAUGGAUGAACACUGCUAACACCAUAUAACUAACAAAACUGUCAAAAUCUUGGAAUAAUGCUCAGAGUCUGAGAAGCAGUAGCUACAAAAAGAAUGGAACUUAGAUAAUCCCAAUCUUGUUUGCCACAUCCAAGGCAUCAUAGUCUGGAGUCAACCUGACAUAAGCCUUCUUGGUUCCAUCUGGCCUGAUCAAGGUGUUAACUUUCUUGGCCUGAAUGUCGUACAUCUUCUUGACAGCAGCUUUGAUCUUCUUCUUAUCGGCACGGAGGUCAACAAUGAAGACAAGGGUGUUGUUGUCCUCGAUCUUCUUCAUUGCAGACUCGGUAGUUAAUGGGAACUUCAAAAUCUGGUAAUGGUCAAGCUUGUUCCUUGGAGGUGCACUGAUUCGCGGAUACUUGGGGUUCCUCUCCUUCUUGAGAGUCCUGGGGCGGUGAAAGGUGACCUUAGUCCUGAUUUUCUUGGCCUUCCUGUUGAAGGUUGGCCCUGAUUUCACAGCCUUGGCUGCCUUAGCAGCCUGUGCCUUAGGAUCAGCCUUC